AUGUACCCAGCUCCUCGAGAGGAGGUUGCCUACGUGACCUGUACCUACAGGGAGACGUGCAUCGACCAGCCUGACUUCCUGGCCACCAUCGACCUCAACCCCAGAUCUCCAUAUUAUUGCCAGGUGAUCCACCGCCUGCCCAUGCCCAACCUCAAGGACGAGCUGCAUGCCUCGGGGUGGAGCACGGGCUGCACCUGCUUUGACAAUGUCUCCACCAGAAGGAACAAGCUGAUCCUUCCCUGUUUGAUUUCUUCCCGCAUUUACGUGGUGGAUGUGGGGUCCCAGUGCCGGGCCCCCAAGAUCUGUAAGAUGAUUGAGCCAGUGGACGUCUUCUGGAAGUGCAACAAGGGGUACCUCAACGUGCCUCGCAGCCUGCCCAACGGGGACAUCCUGAUUGCCAACGUGGGAGAUCCGGCGGAGGAAGGCUCUGUCAUGCUGCAGAUUGACGUGGACACUGAGAAAGGAGGCCUGACGGUGAACAAGAACUUCCUGGUGGAUUUUGGGAAGGAGCCCAACGGGCCUUGCCUUGCCCACGAGAUCCACUUUGCCUGUGGUGGCCCGGCGAGGCCAGGACUCAGCCCGUGCUUUUUGCUGGGCCAUGAAGAUCAGCAGCAGCAAACGGUCUGGUGGGGGCUGGAUGCCAAGGCCUCACCUCUGCCCCUGCCUCUCUCCCAGGUGUUUGUGGGAGGCAGCAUCCUCAGGGGCGGCCCCGUGACGGUCUGCAGAGACGAAGAGCUGAAGUGCCAGCCCGAGCCCUUGGUGAUCAAGUGCAAGAGGGUGUACGGCGGCCCCUGCAAACUGCAGCUCAGCCUGGAUGGCAAGAGGCUGUACGUCACCAACUCCUUCUACAGCACGUGGGACAAGCAGUUCUACCCCAACAUGGUCAGGGAAGGCUCUGUCAUGCUGCAGAUUGACGUGGACACUGAGAAAGGAGGCCUGACGGUGAACAAGAACUUCCUGGUGGAUUUUGGGAAGGAGCCCAACGGGCCUUGCCUUGCCCACGAGAUCCACUUUGCCUGUGGGGAUUCCACCUCCGAUAUCCUGGCCUAGGGCGCCCCUGAGAGACUCCCUCCUCCUCUCUCUCCUGUAGUGCAGCCGUUAGAAAAGAGCGUAGGGAAAUUGGGUCUGGGGGUCCCCGUUCAUUGCUGGAGUCUCGAUUUGUGCUAAGGAGCCAGGGCAGCUCGGCCUCGUGCCAGGGUUUGGUUUGGGCAGAGCAGUGAGCAGAGACACAGGGCACCUUGUGAGAGCUGGUGUCAGAGCAGAGCCCUCCCUGGGGGCAGAGCCCGGGGCGAGUGCGGAGCUGUGAGGUGUGCAGGACACACAGUGCCUCUCAGCAGGUCCCUCCACACACCUCGGUUGGUUGCCAUGGGCCUGUGGGCCACCUGCCUGGCCCUCCCCAGCCUCUUGGCUAUUGCUCUCUAGUCCCGGGGCCGGCACAAGGUGUGGGACGCUCCGGUAUGAGUCAGAGCUCGUUCACCCUUGAGUACUAAGGCAAGAGAAAGUGAAGUGCCCAGUUUGUCUGCGUUGCUGUUCUCCAGCCAGGUGGUUCCUGGAUAGUCUUCUCCUGGCUCCCUGGCACGUCCCCGGGUCGCUCUGCGUCACCGCAGAAGGAAUAUGAAGUGCUUCGUUCUGAAAAGAGGUGCCUGUUUUCCUGCCACUGCUCUGCUCUUAUGUUCUGCUUUAAACAUGAAUAAAAUUGCUCAUCGCAUCAGCU